UUCGAAUCAAAAACAAAUCGAGAGUUAAUUAAUAAUAAAAAUGAGAAUUAAGAAAAUGCCCGCGAUUAGAAUCGCACAAGCGGAUUCUGAUGCUAGUGAAAUAGAGACGAUGCAGGAUAUUUUGAUAUGCGGGUCUUGUCAGACAAAAUUUUCUUUAGGAGAUAUUGUAAAUUUUAUCCAGCAUAAAGUACUUCAGUGCAACAAAGAAAAUUAUGGACAAUGUUACCAACAAGGUGGGUCCACUGAUAGAGGGUCUGACGACGAUCAAACAAUCAAUGUACAAAACUUACGAAAAACUUCCAUAUCAGCACCUAUCACGUCGAAGAGAACUUCCACAUCGAGAAUACACACUCCAUCUCCGAACAAUUUGAACGACCUCCUGAUUGAGGGGUCAAGCACACCAAAUUUAACCGGCGAAAAGUCUGGAGACUUUGCACAAAUGGAUUCACUUUCGGAAAACCUAAAACCCGAAUUAAUGGAAGGAAAUUCAAGCUACACGCUAGACAAGGAUAAUGAGAAAAGUCAUCCUUCAAAUACAGAUGUAACCAAAGAACCCACUUCUUACUUGUGCUCAACGUGUAAAGAAAAGCAUACAAGUGCAUGGAAACUCAUCGAGCAUGUACAAAGCUUCCAUGGAGUCAACAUUUACGUGGAGUCCUUUGCGAGUAAUGACUCAAAAUCAUCAAAUACUAGCGGAAAUUCGGGAUCAUCUUCAUCAAAUAAUACUUCAGCUAACGAAAAACUGACUCACGAACAGUCCAGGGAACAAAGCAAUCAAAAAGUGGCCUCGAUGGAUCUGCGUCAUCCUUUACUUCCACCGCCAGAUUUGCAUUCAAAUCCUUUUGGAUUGCUCAGAAUGCCUCUUCCUGCAUUGAAUCAAAAUGCCGGCUUAUUCCCGCGACCACAUCAUGAUUUUCGAAUGGAGCAAUUUGUUUCUGAACAAUUUCGUCAUCAUGGUAUGAAUUUAGCUGCUGCAAUGGCAAACUCAAUAAAUUCACAUCAGUCUCGUAACAACAAGCUGAAUAUGUCUUCAAGCUCACAAAGUACCAUAUCAGAAUCUCACCUUGAUUUCUACUCACAAAGAUUAAGAGAAUUAGCAGGGACCUCGAGUCCAACAAGCAAUGCUUCGUGCACGAAUGCUUCACCGAAUCCCCGUAAAAUCAGUUCACCAAGAUUCGCUAGUCCAUCACCAUCGCAAUUACCUCCCACUCCAUUAACGAAUAAUUCCAGGCCUCAAAGCUUGACACCACCUGAAAAGUCAACAAAAACGUCUGCAGGUAGUGAAACGAUAACAACAACUCCUAGGUCCGCAUCAACACCACCAUCCAAAAGAGACCAUCUGACGGAUUCGCUGUUUUGUUGUGAAUAUUGCAAUAAAAAAUUCCGUUUCCAAAGUAAUUUGAUUGUACAUCAAAGAGUGCAUACAGGUGAAUCUACUUUUAAGUGUACUAGCUGUGAUUUUACUUGUGUCGAAGCAAUAAAACUAAAGAAACAUAUGAAACUUCAUAAAGGUCCUGUAGAUAAACAGGGAAACUCUUCGGCUGAGACAGACGAAGAGGACUUCCGUUGUGAGUCUGAGUUUACAAAGAUGGAAUUAGAUAUCGAUGAUACAAGAGAUACCACAAACGAAAUGGAAGACGAGGAGGAGGAAGAAGAAGAGGAAUAUAACGAGGAAGCCGAAGACUUGAGUGUAAGUAGCACUCCCGUAACAUCCGAGAGAAGUCUAGAUGUCCCGCCAGUCAAUCCAUCGUUAGUCGGACAGCUGAUGGACAAAUUUGGAUUGUCAAACAUUGCCCAGUACUCAGAAGCAUACAAACAAGCCCUUCAAUUGGCAAGCAAAGACCAUGAUAAUAAUAAUAGCUCUGGGGCUAUUCCCAGUUUUUCUGAAAAAUUGAAUGGCUUACCAAACGCCCUAAGAAUAAAAGAAGAACUUGCCAAGAAAUUCAUUCAACAAAACCGUCCGCAAAAUCAACAAGUUUCCAAUAUGUUCAAUCCAUUUGAGAACCCAUUCGAUCCUACGAAACGUAUGAAAUUCGAUUCUCCCGACAAUUGGUGGCAUCUACCAGGAUUACACCAUCGAAAUGAUGCCUUGUUUGAAAACUUCAAAAAUAAAGUUCCUUUGUUGUCUGGAGGCCAGCCAGCAUCAAAUUUGUUACACAGCUCAUUAAUGAAGAAAGAACAACGACGUAAUGAUACGUGUGAAUUUUGCGGAAAGGUCUUUAAAAAUUGCUCAAACUUAACUGUCCACAGAAGAUCUCACACCGGUGAAAAACCAUACAAAUGCGAAUUAUGUUCGUAUGCUUGCGCUCAAAGCUCUAAGUUAACCAGACAUAUGAAAACCCAUGGCAGGCUCGGUAAGGAUGUGUACAGAUGCAGAUUUUGUGAUAUGCCAUUUAGUGUUCCGUCGACAUUGGAAAAACAUAUGCGUAAGUGUGUGGUUAAUCAAGGAAAGUCACAAAAUAUUUCGAUGCAAUCUAGUAUGCCACCUGGCUUAUUAUUACCACCACCUUCAUUGGGCACAAGCAUCAAUUUACCCAGUCCAGCAAACUCUUCGCAAGCCAGUUCUGACUCAAUGAAUCAAAAUCAGCCAGUAAAACAAGAAUCAACAUGAUUGUUUGAAUCGUGGGGAUGCUAUAACUUCCCUUCGAAUCAACCAAUUUCUCGAAUAUAUUAAUUUAAGAAAUUUUAAAUGAAUGAGUUGAUGAUUAUUUUUGGCAUUUAAAUAGAAUAAUAAUAAUUAAGAAUAAUAAUAAUAAUCAAUGGAUGGCAUUUAUAAACCAAAGUUCUAAGUACUAAAAUAUAAAUUAUUUCACAAAUAGCUUAAUUUAGUAUAUUCUGUUGAAUAAGGAAACUCGUAUUACGAAUUUAGUUUUAAAUGUGAGAAAAAGCAAUGCAAUUACACAAAGAGUGGAAGAUUCAUAAAAUUUUCUGUUGUUUGAUUUUCGUACUUAAUUCCAAAAUGUCUGUACUUUUUCUUAGCUAGAUAUUUAUUUACUUAAACAGUACAUACAUAUACAACAUGCAA